GUUGGCAGUGCCAUCAACGACGCUCCUGCUGAAGGGGUCGUCCAUGCUGCUUUGGCCAAANAACAACCCCCGCCUGAAUCUCCGCAGGGCGUCAAGACACGUAGAUGGAUCAUCUUCAGUUUCUGGGCCAUCGUCGGCCUGCUCGGCCUGCCUAUUUGGUUCGCCACGACCACUGUUCCCCGCGCUGCACUGCCCUUGGAGUCGAUGGAUGCGUGGGCCUCAGGUCAGUUUCCUGUGCACGUUGCUCUUGCUGCUUCCCAUCUUGACACUGCAACCACUGCAGACCUGGUUCAGCAGAUCCAGCAGGGCUUGGAUAGACAAAACAAGUCUCCUGUCCACCGCUUGCGAGUAAUCACUUCGGGGCACGGGACUGCAGAUCAGUCAGCAGAUGCGCCAUAUACUGACCUCUCGUCGUCCUCGGCUGUCAUUGUCAACCUCGUGCUUGAUGACUCUUACUCCCACCCAGUGGCUAAGGUCCAGCCCUUUGACCCUACUCUAAGCAUCUACCAUGGCACAUUGCCGUCAUCUCAGCCCACCGGUGUGUCUGACCUUGCUGACUUCGUUGCAACUGAACUUUUGAAGCUGUUUGCAGAGGAGCAAAUUACUCUAGACUAUCUUUUGACAGGUCAGACGAAUCAUCAUGAGUCUUCGGGAGAUAUUGAUUCUUCAUCCAUCGUCGAAGGCUACCGAAGAAGGUCUAACCGCGCUUUCAAAUAUGCAUCGACUUACCACUUGACGUUUUCUCUCUUCACGGGUUCAGCAUCACCAUCUGCAUGGGAUAUCAAAGCAGCUCUCGACGAGUACCUUGGUCCCUUCCUGACCUCGUUCUCGUCCGUCAGCAAGUUCAGUGUCGACACCCAGGUGCAACUGUAUGCAUCCCUAUCCACUUCACUACACGGUCCUCAGUACGAUGAGGCAUCAAACCAAUGGACACUGAUGCGUUCUGACUUGAGUGCCUUUAUCAACGCGGCCGAGUGGCCUCUCAGCCCGAGCAUCGGUGUAGGCCCAACUAUCAACUUCGUCGCUUAUGUUCCUUCUCCCAAGCAAGCCCCGAUGGUGAUUGAGGAGACCGGCGGAACCAGUUGGCUGAUUCCCCAAUGGGGCGGAGUUCAGAUAUUGAACCCUUCAAAGGAUCAAAACAACACUGUUCUUACUAAAGAUGAUCUCGAACCAGUCGUGCGCAUCUUUGCAGAGCAGUUGGAGUCUCUCAUUGGGUUACCCCAGUCACCGGCCUCGCUUCCUCUUCGUCUUUCCAGCUUGACCCGCGAGAGGGCAGCCUCAUUGAUUCUAUCAGCCUCAUCGACUCUUGGAGCUUUGUCCAGGCUUACACUCAAGCUGACCAGCAUCGCCAUUCCAGACAACGUGGCUGACUCCANNGUACAAAAAACUAUCCAUCAUUUGGAGACGGCAUGCUCUCAUCUUCACGAGGGACACUUUGACGCUGCGUUAGAGCAUGCACGAAUCGCCGAGGCACAAGCGGAGCAAGCUUUCUUUGAACCAUCCAUGGUCGGCCAGGUCUACUUCCCAGACGAGCAUAAGGUUGCGGUAUAUGUUCCCCUGCUCGGUCCUAUGGCUGUACCCCUGGUAAUGGCAGCUCUCAAGGAGUUCAAGAAGUUCAAGCAAGCUCGAGGAAAGACCAGUUGA